AUGUCCUCCCCAUCCCCAUCCAUAACCUACCCCCCUCGAGGCGUAACAGCCUACACCUCAACCUCCGGUCCCAUCCACGCUCCCAACCUCGAAGCCCUCGACCUCCUCCGCGCCCGCCCAGACUACGAAUCCUGCAUGCCGACCCUAACCUCCCCCGAACUCGCAACAGACUGGGACGCCCACUACCUCCUCCCCAACCCCUACCAGAACCCACCCACCCUCGACUCCGUGACGAACCCCCUCCGCGUCUCCCAUGCCGAGAUCGACGCAACGUGGGACCCGUAUAAACUAGCCGCCAUGAUCACACGAUCCCACCAGGACAUGAAUAUCCUCGACCAUACUAUCGUCGAGGUGCAGAGAGAAAAGUACGACGUGGACCGCAUCCUCGACGACGCGGAGCGCAAGAGGAAUGGAGGACGGUACCCAGACUCUUGGACGAGUUACUCUUCGUUUUCCAGACGUGGGUGGAACAGCGAUGACUAUCGUCGACGUCGGGCAGCAAUGUGCAACGAAGACAUCACGCCCUCCCGGCAGUCCAGGGCCAACUCAGGAUGGGACGUAUAUAAACUCCGCGAGGUCUUUUCAAGUCUCCAGACUGAUAUCGGAACCAAGGUAGGUCGACUUGCUAACGUGGAGACAGAGUUGCGUCGCAAAGUGCUUCAACUUAACAGACUUCUGUAA